GGUAGAGCGAGCUUCAGUCACACUGUCCUCAGACGCUCAGCAGCUUCAUCUCACAGAAAAAGUCUUGUGGAUUAUUUUAUUCCAGAUGAAGGUGGAGACGUCUCAGAAGUCCAGAGACUCUGGAUCUUCAGUGGAACGUUCCGACGGUGGCACUGACCGCGGUGGUGAUGGCGGUGACGAUACGGUGGCGUGCAGCCCGGGGUCGGCCGAGCGCUGCAUGUCACGGCUGCUGAGCGCGGUGGAGAGUGAGCUGCAGGCCGGGCGAGAGAAGGGUGACCCGACAGAGAGAGAGCUGAAGGUGGCGCUGGAGGACGCCGAGCUGUGGAGGAAGUUCCAGCACAUCACCAACGAGAUGAUCGUCACCAAGAACGGACGUCGGAUGUUCCCAGUGCUAAAGGUCAGCGUCUCUGGUCUUGACCCCGCCUCCAUGUACUCCUUCCUGCUUGACUUUGUUCCCGUUGACGGCUGCCGCUGGAAGUUCGUGAACGGGGAGUGGGUGGCGGCUGGCCGGGCCGAGGGCCGCAGUGAGGGGCGGGGCCACGGCGGCAUCUACAUUCACCCUGACUCACCGAACUUCGGAGCUCACUGGAUGAAAGCGGCGGUGACCUUCAACAAGGUCAAACUCACCAACAAGGUCAAUGGAGGAGGACAGAUCAUGUUGAACUCUCUUCAUAAGUACGAGCCUCAGCUCCACAUCGUGUGUGUCGGUUCUCACCAUCGUCUCGUGUCAAACGUCUCCUUCAGAGAAACUCAGUUCAUCGCUGUCACUGCCUACCAGAAUGAAGAGAUCACCGCUCUGAAGAUCAAAUAUAACCCGUUUGCCAAAGCCUUCCUGGACAACAAAGACAGGAACACAAGUGGGCGGAGCUUACCAGAGUCUGGACUUCAACCCUGCUGGUCGCUGUGUUCUGCUGGAGGAGGCGGGGCUUUCUCUUACAGCAGCAGCCUCCCUCUGACGUCACAUCAUCACCAUGGUUACAAACACCACGGUUUCCCAGGGCGACACACACCUUACUCAACUGCCUACCUGCCGCAGCGCACACACUCCUCUGGUGUCCAUGUGUUGGACGGGUGUAGCUCCUCCCCCUCCUCCUCUUGCUCCUCCUCCCUCUCUUUGGGCAGCAGUGCUCCUUCAUCACAGGCUCCUCCUCAUAACUCCAGUCAGUAUCCGUGUCUGUGGACGGUUGGGUGCAGUGAGCUAAGCCCCGCCCACUCACCUUGCAGCACUCUGCAUGGACCAAUCAGCAGCGAGAGUCUCCUUCAGCCUCCCAGUCAAGGACGGGUGGGCAGUGCUGCAUGGCCGCCUGGCUCCACCCAUUCUUUCUGAGGAGGGACAGAAAGGAUUUCUAAUGCUAACUACGACAGGAAGCUAACAAAAGUUAGCAUUAAAGGUGUGAACCAGCAUUUAAAUGUUGUUUUGUUUCCGUCACCAUUUUAUGCUAAUGCUAGUUACUAGCAGUUGUUAGUAAACCUGUGUUUAUUGUGUGUAAAUAUUACGUACGCGUAAAAAUAAACAUUGAUGCUGUUUCUGACAAACUCUGUGCUGUUUUUGUUGGUGGUGUGGCGCCCCCUGGUGUUUAUGAGUCCUGAAAGGAGUUGCAUUUAACAAAAGUGAAAUUAAACAUAGCUAGUAGUUAGCCAUAAAUGUAACUAAAACAGGUAAAUGUUAGCCAAAACAGAGCUAAAAAUUUUGCCAAAACGUUACAUAAAACAUAGCUAAAAGUUAGCUGAAAUGUUACCAAUAACCUAGCUAAAAGUUAGUGAACAGUUGGCUAACUUUUAGCUCUGUUAGCUAAGCUGGCUAACAGUGUGGUGUAGAUGGUCACUUGUUUGUUGUUUAGCGUUAGCGCUAAAUGUUUAAUGAAUCUUUCAUGCAUGUAUUUUAUUUAUUGUUGUUUUUUCUCUUAUUUAUUGUAAUUUUGAUGUAAAUCUACAAAACACGUAGUGAUGACAUCUUGUCCUGUUACUGAGGGACACACUGUGAUUGUUGGUGGUGUGGCGCCACCUGGUGUUCACUGUCGUAUUUACAGUUGUUAUAAAUGAUAAAAUGUGUUUUGUCCACUUUGUUCUGAAAAAAAAGUCAAA